AUGGGAGAGACGGCAGAGUACCAAAGACUGCAGGAGACACCAGAAUAUGAAAACUCCCCCAGUGAUGAUGAGGAGAAGCUGGGCAGUGGCAUGCAGAGUGAGGAGGGCACAGAAUGGCUGGUGGAGCUGCUGAUGGAGGUGCAGCUGCAGCAAUAUUUCCUUCGCAUCCGAGACGAACUCAAUGUCACACGGCUCUCACACUUUGAUUAUGUGAAGAAUGAAGAUCUGGAGAAGAUUGGCAUGGGCCGUCCAGGGCAAAGGCGACUGUGGGAAGCUGUAAAAAGAAGGAAAGCACUGUGCAAGCGCAAGUCAUGGAUGAGCAAGGUGUUCAGUGGCAAGCGUCCAGAAGGAGAUACCCCCCAGCAGGGCCAGCCAAUGUCUUCUUUCAGAAAGCUCUCCCCCACUUCCCCGCUGGGGCUGGCUGAGGGCGUCCUGGCCGUUCAGACCAGUGACACUGCUGCUUUGGAGGGACAGCAGGCACUCACGUGUCUCAUUCCUGAGAAGGACUUGUCUCUGUUUGAGAAACUGGGAGAUGGCUCUUUUGGGGUCGUGAAGCGAGGGGAGUGGCUAACACCAGCUGGGAAACUGCUAAAUGUUGCUGUGAAGUGUCUAAAGACAGAUGUGCUGAGCCAGCCAGACGCCUUGGAGGAUUUUAUUUGUGAAGUUAAUGCCAUGCACUCCCUGGACCAUCAAAACCUCAUUCGGCUCUACGGUGUUGUGCUCACACACCCCAUGAAAAUGGUGACAGAGCUGGCUGCUCUGGGCUCGCUGUUGGAGCGGCUGCGCUGUGUGCGGCCUCAGGGGCCCGUGCUCAUCCACACUCUGUGUCAGUACGCGGUGCAAGUGGCCUGUGGCAUGGCCUAUCUGGAGCAGAGGCGCUUCAUCCACAGAGACCUGGCAGCCAGGAACAUCCUCCUUGCUUCCGCUCACAAAGUGAAAAUUGGAGACUUUGGUCUCAUGAGGGCACUCCCCAACAACAAUGAGCAUUAUGUCAUGCAGGAGCAUCGCAAGGUCCCCUUUGCAUGGUGUGCUCCAGAGAGUCUGAAGACAAGAACAUUCUCUCACGCCACCGACACCUGGAUGUUUGGAGUCACUCUGUGGGAAAUGUUUACUCACGGCCAGGAGCCGUGGCUUGGACUCAAUGGAAGCCAGAUUCUUCACAAAAUAGAUAAAGAGGGAGAGCGCCUUCCAAAGCCAGAGGAUUGUCCUCAAGAUAUUUUUAAUGUGAUGCUUCAGUGCUGGGCUCCCAAACCAGACGACAGACCCACCUUUGUUGCCCUUCGAGAGUUUCUUCUUGAGACCAUGCCUACAGAUAUGUGCGCGCUGCAAGACUUUGAAGAACCCGACAAACUCCUAAUCCAGAUCAAUGAUGUCAUCACAAUCAUCGAGGGAAGGGCUGAAAACUACUGGUGGCGCGGACAAAACAAGCGCACUCUAAAAGUUGGCCAGUUCCCUCGAAAUGUAGUGACUUCUGUUGCUGGUUUAUCAGCUCAUGACAUCAGCCGGCCUCUGAAAAACAGCUUCAUCCACACAGGCCACGGAGACACUGACCCACACCACUGCUGGGGCUUCCCCAACCGCAUCGAUGACUUAUACCUUGGUAACCCCAUGGAUCCUCAGGACGUCCUGGCUUCAGAUUUCACCGGCACUCGGCCCACGCAGCUCCCAGGGCGAUCCAAAAAAGGGCCCCCUCCCCGCCCGCCCCAACCAGCUGUCUUAAUCAAGAGUAAGUCUGGUGUCUCUCAGCAGCUCCUCUGCCAUUGCUCCUGCCCCCUCUGUUCCCUCUUAGCGCCACUCCUCAAAGAGCCCUGUUAUGAUCCUGUAAAUGAGGAAGAGGAUUUGACUUCAGCAGGACUCAAGAGUCUGUCCUGUCUUAAAGCUGGUUCUGUCAAAGGGCUGAAACUGAAACCUGCUGCCUGGGUGUCAGCUUCCAAACAGGGAAGUCGAUUAUCAAAUCCAAACCAGCACUCCGAAGUGUCCCUUAUUGAUUUUGGGGAGGAACAGGCCCCCUCUGCGUCCUCCCCCUCUCCUGUGGUAGAGGUUCACAUCCCCACACUGGCUCGACUGGCGUUGGAAGCAGACAACAUACUGGACUGCACCCCUCCCCAAAGCCCCUCCAGCAGCCUGCCACGCCCUCUGCACCCCACCCCUGUUGUGGACUGGGAUACCCGGCCACUGCCCCCCCCUCCAGCCUAUGACGAUGUAGCACAAGAUGAAGAUGAUAUGGAAGUGAGCUCUAUUAAUGGCACAGAGAAGCCGCACAGAGAAGAGCAGACUCUUGAAAACACCAAAGAAGAGGAGUCUAGUGCCCCCUGUACUUCACACAACCCAGGCCUCGAGGACAAUCUGUUUCUUCCCACUAAGCAGUGCUGCUCCAGUGCAUUCUCACAGUCUGCAGAGAUCUUCAAGGAGCUGCAGCAGGAAUGCAUGAGGAGGCUGCAUGUUCCUGCAGCUUCUACUCGCACCACUUCUCCUUCACAGAGCUAUGGUUCUCAGACCCCCCUGAGCUCUUUCUGUACUAACGACAAACCUCUCAUUCCUCCCCGAGUGCCAAUUCCCCCUCGGCCCAUUAAAAGAGGAGGCUACUCUGGUUCUCGCUGGUCUCAGGACCUAUCUCUGUCAACUUCUCCAGCCGAGCUCACAGAAGAGCUGUCAAGCUCAGACCAGGGGAUUCCUCCACAGAUCCCACCUAGAGAUCCAUUAUUAGACUCUCGGACUCCCAGUCCCCUGAGCCUGUUGGUGGGCUCUCCUCAGCCUCGAAUGUACUCCAUCAGUCCUACAGUCAUGCACUCCCACAGUUCUUGUCCCUCUUCUCACACUUAUGGGUCCUACCUCUCCACGUCUCCUGCCACGACCAUGCCCACCACACACAGCUUUGCCUCAGAUCCUAAAUAUGCUGCUCCCAAAGUCAUCCAGGCGCAGGGGAAGGAUCUCCCCAGUAAGGGCCCCUGCAUUCUGCCCAUUGUCCGGGAUGGUCGCAAAGUCAGCAACACUCAUUACUACCUGCUGCCAGAGAGACCCCCAUACCUUGACCGUUAUGACCGCUUCUUCAGGGAGGCUGAGAGCUUCCCCUCCAGCCCUGUGGAGGAGCGACUUAGCCGCCCCACCAAUAUGGCUGCAGUUAAACCUAUGGUGCUCAACAACCAGACUCUCUCACACUGCCAGGGCCAGACACCUGCUCUCUCCACCAACAGCAGCAGUGGUGUGCUGCGCUCAGGCUUGAAGACAGUUAGUCUCCCUCGAGUCAGUGUGGACACUGAGGGGGGAGGGCCCUCUGCUGACCUAGUCAGAAUGGUGCAGGAGGCGGUCCAUGGAGUGACAAUGGAGGAAUGCCAGGCGGCGCUGCACAACCACGGCUGGGACGUACAGAAGGCAGUGCACUAUCUGAAGGUGGAGCAGUUGUUUUGUCUGGGCCUCAGAAGCAGGACAGAGUGUCUGAAGCUCCUGGAAAUGUGUGACUGGAACUUGGAAUUGGCCAGUACCCAGAUGUUGGACAACUACAGCUCCACAACAAGGCAGAGGCGGUGA